AUGACUGUCCAGGCGAGGAGGCAUUCCUCCGCAUACAAGGCCCCAUCCCCUUUCGCACGCUCCUAUGAUACCUCUAUAGAUGUCGAGAAGCAGCCGCCACCCAAGCGCCAGAGUACCCGUCCCUACCGCAGCGUCUCCGGAUUAGAAAAAGGAGAUGAUUUGCCCGCUGCCGCCUCCUAUCAGCCUAUGUCGAAUGCUAGUUCGCCAUCCAGACGGCGUAGUCGAAUAAGGGCUGGUUUCUACCGGGUUCCGAAUCGCAUUAUGAGAUGGCUAUGCUUGUCGCUUUUUGUCGCGCUUCUCCUCUUCGUUUUAACUUUGUUCCGCUUUGCCUUCUCCACUUCCACCCAAAAGCUUCCGCUCGAGGUAUCUAAAUCUGCUCCCAAACCGCCGCGAUGGGAGAGCUUCCCCUUUCUCAAACGCUACCAUGGCGGCAUUCGAACGCUGGUGUCGCGAAAGGAGAAUGUACCUGAAUAUCCUGGCCAGGGUCCCGAAGAUUUGGUUCUGGCAGUUGACAAGGAGUCCGAAACGGAUUCCGAUGCGAAAAAUAGUCUCAACAAAAGGAGCGAGCCUCCUAAGAUGUCCAGUGCCCCCUUCUAUCCAUAUCCCGAUUAUAAUUCCGCGGAGUACGUGAAGAAAUACGGAGAGAAACGUGAGUGCUUUCUGGAUGACAGCGGUACCGUACGUAUCCCGCUAGUUCGCCAUUACCGUGGCGUUCCACGCGGAUUCCCAGACGCAAUCAUGGGCUCUAAUGAGAUUAUCGGCAUUCGGGACGACGUAUGCUUUGACCGGUUUGGUCGCCUUGGACCUUACGGUCUGGGCUAUGGAGUGCCCAAAGGAGGUAGUGGCGCGGGCUUGGAAGGAGAUCGGGAGGGCGCAGAGCGUGUCUGGGAAGAUAUACCGCCUGUCGAUUUCCGCAAGGUGAACUGGGCAUCGGCCCAAAACAGAUGCGUAGCAAUCAACAAUCACCGCUUCAAAGAGCUUCCGGAACCAAGGAUCAAUCAGUUCCUUUCCAUGUCCGUAGGUUCUCCGAAGCCAAAUGGUUUGAACCCUCUGGGCAGUGACGCGAAUGCGAAGGCCCAAGCCGGAACAGAUCAUCUGCCCCGAACGGCUGUUGUCAUUCGGACCUGGCAUGAUUUCCAGUAUACCCCGGAAGAUAUUAUGUAUCUGCGCUCCUUGAUCUCUGAGCUUUCUCUUCUGUCGGGCGGUGAAUAUGUCGUUCACUUUCUCAUUCACGUCAAGGAUGAGAAUCUACAGAUCUGGUCAGACGAUGAAACCUAUGAGCGCGUUCUCAGUAACUCACUCCCUGAGGAGUUUCACGGCAUGGGAACUCUCUGGACGGAGCGCCAGAUGGCUCUGAUGUAUCCGGGCCUAGAAGAAACGUGGGCCCGCGAUUUACCUGUGCAUGGCGUGUACCGGAGCACAUUCAUGUGCAUGCAGUAUUUUGCACAUCAGCAUCCAGAGUAUGAUUACUUUUGGAACUGGGAAAUGGACGUUCGUUACACGGGUCAUUGGUACCAUCUCUUUGACAAGGUUGCGGAUUGGGCUAAACAGCAGCCUCGCAAGGGCCUCUGGGAGAGAAACUCUCGCUUCUACGUACCCUCGGUGCAUGGGAGCUGGGAGGAAUUCAAACAGAUGGUCCGCUGGCACACCCAAUCUGGCACCAACAGCCCUAACAACAUGUGGAGCCCCGUCAAGCCUGGUCAGGACCAGCACGGGGGCAUUCAACAGCCACAAGGUGAUAAAUUUAUCUGGGGUCCAGAGCGACCAGAUGAACAGGAUGUUUUCGAAGUGGAGGGAGAGGGUAUCCCACCGACCACAAUGGAAAAAGACGACUACCAAUGGGGCGUCGGUGAGGACGCUGACCUCAUCGUCUUCAACCCUCUUUACGACCCCGAGGGCACAACGUGGUUGCUACGCGAAGAUGUCACGGGAUAUAACAAGAAAAACGGUUUCCCCCCUCGGCGCGCAGCCAUCAUCACCGCCUCUCGACUAUCACGCAAACUUCUCAAUACCAUGCACAGAGAAACCAGUCUCCAACGACACAGCAUGUUCUCCGAAAUGUGGCCAGCGACAACAGCUCUCCACCACGGCUUCAAAGCAGUCUACGUCCCGCAUUCCGUCUACGUUGAUCGCCGGUGGCCCCCUCGCUACCUAGAAUUAGUCUUCAACGCCGGCCGUAACGGCGCCUCCGGCGGUGCUCGAACUUCCAUAUUUGGCGAACGUGAACAUAACUUCCGCGGCACAACAUGGUUCUAUUCUGCUGGAUUUUCUCCGAAUCUCUGGAGACGUUGGCUGGGCUACAAGGUUGACAAUGAUGGUGGCGAGCAGGAGGAACUGGCCGGUGAAGGCCGGAUGUGUCUUCCUCCAAUGCUAUUACAUCCCAUCAAAGAGGUGGAGAUGAUCAUUGAUUCUGGUCCUAUGGCUGAGGCCUAG